AAGGAUUUUUGGGACGGACUGGACUGAAACGCAGACCCAACGCUGGAGGGAGAUUUGAGAGAAGCAUGGAGGACGCUUGUCCUUGAGCUUUGUUUAUGACCGGGGAACAUUUUGAUUUUCUUCCUUUAAUUUUAGUAUAUUUGGCUUUAAACCACUAUGUCUUCAGACAGAGACAUAAAAACGACACCGAGAGGCUUUCACUGCACUCUGUGCAACGCCAACAUGCCCAACAUGCCAAGCUUGGAUCAGCAUCUGAAGGGGCGAAAGCAUCAGACACUGAGCACUGUGCGAUCCACCAGGAAGACCCAGGAGGAGCACAGUGUGUUCGUCAGCGGCAUCAGGCCUGACAUCUCUCAGACUGACAUAGCUGAGUACUUUCAGAAGUUUGGCACUGUCUCAGAUGUCAUCAUGGAUAAAGACAAGGGUGUGUUUGCCAUUGUGCAGUUCAGUGAGACUGAGAGCAUAGAGGCAGUUCUGUCCUGUGUGGAGCAUAAGAUGAAAGACCUGAAGCUGCGUGUUAAACCUCGAGAAAAAAAGGAGUUCAAGUUAAAUCCUAAGAAAAAUGACCCCCAGAACCUCCAACAAGUUCUUGAUCGUCUUAAACCUGGGUUGUGUCAGCUGGCAUCUGUGGAUGCACAGAUGCGGUACAUAGUUGAGCGAUUUCAGCUGGGAGAAAAUGAAAAGAAAGCUCGAAGCUUAUUUAUUCAGCUUCUUCAAGAGGUUUUUGUUGAAUUUUUUCCAGACAGUCAGAUUCUGCCAUUCGGUUCUUCUGUCAACACUUUUGGUAUCCACUCCUGUGACUUAGACCUGUUCCUGGACCUUGAAAACACUAAGGUGUUCCAAGCUCGUGCCAAGACCACCGGAGACCAGGCAAGUGAAGGAAUGUCAGAUGAUGGGCACUCUGAGGACUCCAUUCUUUCUGAUAUCGACCUAUCAACAGCCUCUCCGACUGAGGUUCUAGACCUUGUGGCAACCAUCCUGAAACGGUGUGUCCCCAGUGUGCACAAAGUCCAUGUGGUCGGCACCGCUCGCCUCCCUGUCGUCAAGUUCCAUCACAAAGAGCUUAACCUGCACGGGGACAUCACCAUUAACAACAGACUGGCAGUAAAGAACACCCACUUCCUCCAGCUGUGUUCAGGGAUGGAAGACAGGUUGAGACCUCUGGUGUACACCAUCCGCUACUGGGCCAAGCAGAAGCAGCUUGCUGGUAAUCCCAGCGGUGCCGGUCCCCUUCUAAACAACUAUGCUCUGACAUUGCUGAUCCUCUUCUUCCUCCAGAACUGUGAGCCUCCUGUUCUCCUCACAGUGGACCAACUUAAAGACAUGGCCUGUGAGGAGGAAGAGUGUGUGAUUGAAGGGUGGAACUGCACCUUCCCCAGUCAACCUAUCGCUCUGCCCCCGAGCAAGAACACACAAGACCUCUGCUCUCUGCUCGCUGGCUUCUUCUCCUUCUAUGCCAAGUUUGAUUUUGCCAGUAGUGUCAUAUCUCCUAGGGAGGGGCGUUCACUCCCAGUCAUAAAUUUCCUCAGUCAAAAGAAAGAGGAUGAAGCGGUGAAAGAGGAACAGGCCAUCAAGACUCCUCACUCCCAUCCCAAACUGGGCCCGCUAAAUCUUUUGGACCCCUUUGAGCUCACCCACAAUGUGGCAGGAAACCUGAACGAGCGCUGUCAGCGCAGCUUCCAGAGGGAGUGCCAGGAGGCUGAAAAGUACUGUCGCAGCCUGCAGUACCAGCGCAAGUCCACCAAGGGGAAGUCAUGGGGACUGAUGCGCUUAUUUACCCCACACGGGGAAGUCUCUCAUUCCAAACCAGAGCAGCUGACCAUUAGCAUCCCCUUCAAGUCAGCAUCGCUCCCAGAGGCCCUCCGCAACGAGCUGCACAUGGCGGGAGAUGGUUUCCGGCUGCUGUGGUUCCAAAGGGUUUGCUCAGCUGUUGAGGGAGUUUUGAAAGCGGUUCUCAAGUGUGAACUUUUAGCCACAACAGAUACUAUAUUAGGUGAGCAUUCAUCUGAUGCUGCUGAGGAAAUGGAAGCUUCAUCAGCUUCUUUUAACUCAUCAAUAAAUGACGACUUAGACAGUUGUAAGUCCCAGAACCAGACCAGCCCUCUGGGUCCCGUCGUUGGUGCCAAGAGGCCGCUGUCUUCUGGAAGUGAUACCUCAGUGUCGCCUCAAAGCAAAAAGCCAAGAGUGGCAAAAAGGGGGAAGCCCGAAUUCCCUCCAUGGAUCUGUGUGCAAAAGCACAUGGUGUGGGCUGGCCGGAGAAAAGUGAGACGGGAGCUGAUCAAAGAUACAGAUUCGAGACCGGAGGGAAGCUGUAUGGAGCUGGAGUCCCGGGUCACAGCUUACAUCAUUGAAAAAGAGCCAGAGCUCAAGGAACCCCUGAAGUUUAAAGUUCAGCCCCAGAUGGUGGGUGAGACAGAAAGCACAAAGACGGUGCUCACGUUGGAGCCAAGCAAUGUCGAGCCGGGAACUUUUCAUGACUACUUUCACUUCUUGGAAGGAUUCUUACCCAAGAUGGUAGAAACAAUGCUUGAAAAGGAAGUGUGCAGUACUUAAACUGAGACGUACUUUGGAUUUCUGUUAAUGGCAAGCUUGCCAUAAUUAUUACAUUAAAAUAAAUCCUUUAGAAUGGAAAAUAAAGGAGCUUUAUUUCUGGUCUGUUAUGAUAAAAAAAAAUAUCAGCUUUGUCAUUGUAGCAGGUUUGUAACUUUUCAUUUAUACUGUAUAUUUGUACUAAUGAGUUCAUUAGUCUUUAAGAAGAGUUGUGUCCUGAUUAUGACUCCUUUUUAUGUUUGAGAUUUUUUUUAUGUAAAGGUUCAAUUAAAAAUAAACCUCUUAAAUGACUAAACUCA